UUGCUCAGCAACGACAUUUGCUUGGCUGAGUACCUUUAUGCUGUUGCUAGUGUACGGCAGUGACGUGAAUGUAGAUAGUGUGACUUGUUUGUCGGUCGUUUAUUUAAAAUCAGGCUUCCAAAUAUGUCAGACGUAGGUUCAGAAGAAGGAGAAGAGGAGCAGGGACCAUACCUUGGGGAAUAUGAAGGAGAAAGAAAUGAACGUGAUGAGCGACACGGUCAAGGCAAAGCUACUUUGCCAAACGGUGACACUUAUGAGGGACACUAUGAAAAUGGCAAAAGACAUGGUAAUGGUGUCUAUAGGUUCAAGAAUGGAGCUCGCUACAUUGGGGAAUAUUCCAAAAAUAAAAAACAUGGUCAGGGUACCUUCAUCUAUCCUGAUGGAUCAAAAUAUGAGGGCUCUUGGGUAGAAGACCAGCGUUGUGGAUUUGGCAAGUACUACUAUGUGAAUGGUGAUACCUACGAAGGAGAGUGGCAGAACCAUGAACGGCAUGGGCGUGGUACCUACACCUAUGCAGCAACUGGGUCCAAAUAUAUUGGGAUGUGGAAUGAAGGCAAAUGGCAAGGGCAUGGGGAACUCAUUCAUGCCAACCACAAAUAUGUUGGAACCUUCAACCAAAACCACAUGCAGGGCAAAGGCAGAUAUGUAUUUGAUAUCGGGUGUGAGCAGCAUGGUGAAUAUGUGCCCAUUGAGCAGGAUAAAGAAGAGAAGGAUGAUGAAGAGGAACCACAGGCAAACAUUCUUACCAAAUGGAAAGCUGGUCCCGUCACAGCCAUUCGCAUCAGGACAGAGUUAGAAGAGGAAGAGGAGAGAGCUGCAGAGAGAAUGGCAAUAGCUGAUGCUGCUGGUCUGCAGUGGGUGCCAGGUAGUGAGGAGACACCUGCAGAUGAAAUUGAACCAGAGUUCACUGAAGAGCCAGAAGAGAAUAAAAAAGCAGAGGGAGAGGCAGAGGGAGAGGCAGAGGCAGAGCCAGAGGCAGAUGCUGUUUCUAAUGAUGCUGAGGAGUCCUAAAAUGAUGCUGAGAUCUAAUUAUUACUUGGAAGACAUGGAAAAUAGGCAAUUUCAGAGAACCAUUCCUUUACUACACAGUAACAAAUCAGCAAAAGAUAUUCUAAGUCAUAACCAAGAAGAUUCUCAUCCAUUUUAUGUUGAAACCAUUAGAAACAUGACGCUCUUUAAAUGUUCAUCUUCUCUCUUUAACAUUAGUAAAAAUUAAUAAAAUGUAAAUGUUGCAGAAUAUUUUUUCUAAAAAAUGUGCAGUUGAAUGUAUGAGUCCAGCACUCUAAAUUAAAAUUGUGUUUCCAAAAGUGGA